UUGAUUCUGUCAGCGGCAGCUGUUGAGGGAAACGUUGUCGUUGUGGCAGCUAUUGUUAGUGUUUUUACCUGUUUAAGGACGAACUUUUUAUUUAUUAUUUUGUCUAUGGCAUUGUACAAACUUCGUUUGUCGGUAGUUUGUAUUUAAAAGGGAUGAAAAGAAUCAAGAAGAAGAAACAAAACGGAGGAGUUCGGGUGAAUGGAUCUGUCACAAGAGAGCCAAGCUGUGGGAGGAAACAGAAGCUGACUGAGAUCCAUCAGGCUUUGAUCAGUGAUCCAGUGGACAUUGAGACCCUGAGGAGAGCAGCAGCCAGUAGAGGAGGACUCCUCACUGAUGACCUCAGGAGGAAAGUGUGGCCCAAACUGCUGAACAUAAAUGUGUAUGAUCUACCAUAUAAACCUGGUCGGAAUGUGAGGGAGAACCACAAAGACUACAACCAGGUAGUUCUGGAUGUCAGGAGAUCCAUGAAGCGCUUCCCUAAAGGGAUGCCGACUGCAGAGAGAGCAGUGCUUCAGGAGCAGCUCAUUGACAUCAUACUGGAGGUUUUGAAACGUAACCCUCAGCUUCACUACUAUCAAGGCUACCACGAUGUGGCCGUCACUUUGCUGCUGCUGGUCGGGGAGCGGAUGGCCCUCGCCAUGCUGGACACGCUGUCCAACUAUCACCUCAGGGAUUUCAUGGAUCCCACCAUGGACAGCACCAAACACAUUCUGAACUAUCUGAUGCCUAUAUUGGAACAGGUCGAUCUGGAACUGCAUGACUUCAUGAUCAGAGCGGAGGUUGGAACCAUAUUUGCACUUUCCUGGCUCAUCACAUGGUACGGUCACGUCCUGUCAGAGUUCAAACACACCCUGAGACUUUACGACUUCUUCCUGGCCUCACAUCCACUGAUGCCCAUCUACCUUGCCGCCACGAUUGUGUUGCACAGGGAGAAGGAGGUGAAGCAGACAGAGUGUGACAUGGCCAUGGUCCACCACCUCCUCUCCCGCAUCCCCCAGGAUCUCCCGUAUGAAAUUCUGAUUGGCCAGGCCCAGGACCUGUUCGACCAGUACCCUCCAUCAUUACUGGCCAAGCGGGCAGCGCUGCAAUCUCGCAAGAGCCUGUCCAUCAGCACCUUCCAGGCGUUUCAGCUCUCCACCCUCCACCAGAGGCCCGACUCUGUUCUCCAACGCCUCACCAAGGCCCAGGGCUCCACCACCUCCAGACACGCCUCUGGACAAACAGGCCUGGAAGCAGCUUUGCCUGGGGACCGAGGCCAGCUGUGGGGGAAGGGGAACAGGAUGGUAAAGAUGGCAGUGUGGGGGCUGUCCGCUACGCUCGGGGCGGCCGUGUUCGCCGUGGCUCAGACUGCCUUGGACUGGGGACCGGAGGUGUUACUCCAGCUGUUCUGACGAGGUGGCGGGAACAUAGACUGGUCGACACACACACUGACGCAUGGCGACGGCAGACGCACACACCAGCUCCCACGACAGAUCGACAAUGUACGAACACAGACUCUGAAAACGGGGGGAGAAAACAGGAGGAAGUUGUUACCUUGGUGCCAAACAGGUUGUUGCUGCUCAACCAACAAUGAACGUAUGUUAUCAGCUAGUCAGCCUCAGGAUUCGUGUGCAUGUGUGUGAGCAGGUGUGUGUCUGUGGAUGGAUUACAUGAACAGGCCUCCAAAGAACAGUCCAAAUGGUAAUUUCACAACAUAUCUUUUUGGAAAAUCAAUUAAAUGACCACGAAAGGAUGCCAAACAAUCACAAAGACAUGGAAAAAAUGUGACAAAGAGACUCAAAACAACCACAAAAUGACCCCAGAGACAUGAGACGACUACAGACAUAAUUUAUCAAAAAAGAAAUGCAAAACAAUCACGGUUUUGUCUCUUCCAGUGUGUCUUGCUGCUAUGUAGGUGGGUUCUAUGCAUGCCUUCACCCAGGGGCCCAUUAUCUCAGAAUCCAUCGUUGCAUGUGAGACACGACAACACAUCACACUCUUUCAGGCCGCCACAACAUUUUACAUGUGUCUUUGUUUCUCGUCAGUUGGAUUAUUUUGCUGAUAACUUGUUUUUUAGACAGUCACGCAAGUUUGUGCAUUUCGGUCGGGAAAAAAAUGUGUUUUCAGCGCACUUGUUGGAUCAGCAGCCAUAUCUAAGAGCCAAAAGUGCCCGUAGCCAGCGCGAUGACACAUGAAUACAAAUUAUUAACGAGCGGUGUUUCCUGCUGAAAGCUUCUGGUUAUGAGCGAAGACGGAGAGCGGGAAAGAAAGAAAGAACGGAGUGAUAGAGGGGGAGAAUUUGCCUGUGAGCCUUGUAUUAAUUGCUUUACUCCAGGUGUUAGUGAGUUACAUUUACAGUAGAGCCUGACACACAAACACUAAAACGAGCUGUUGCUGGCCCAAAACGCUGCACACAGUUAGAACGCUACACUCAGUGCAAGCAGUGGGGAUUUUCCAGAUGCAUUUUGCAGAAGGUUUUUUUAGAAUGUAUUUUUCAUAUUUUCUGUAGUAGAUUUCAAGCUGUUGGAGGCCAACGACUGCUGAAUGAAUAUGGGGAAGACACCAGUACUUUUGCAGUCUUGAAAUAUUUAGCAGGUUUGCGCCAAUAUCCACCCUGAACAGCCGACAACAGAGCUACAGUACAUGGACUCCCCAACAUCAUAUUUCUCCUCCACAUUUUGCAACUUAAAAAUGGUUUUACAGCUUUAUUUGGUGAAUGUUUCUUUGAACUCUUGAGAAAGAAGAAAUUGUGACGUGGUUUUUUUUUUUCCUAUUAGUGGAGGAAACUGCUCUUCCCAUUUGCCAUCACACAUGCUGUAGAUGCUGUUGGACCAAACAUAAUCACAGAGUUUCAUAACCUGAAAAGUGAAUAUCAAUAAUACAGUAUUUCCACCUGAGGUACACACACACACACUUGUAAGGAGACGCCCUCUCCAAACAGCAAUGCAUGCUCCGUGCGUCGACUUAUAUUCUGAAAUAUUUAUCAGCUCUUACUAGCAUGUAGCUAAGCUGCUGCUCCUGUUAAUACAACUUCGCUGGAGUCACAACACUCCCCCUCCUCCUCCUGUUCUCUGUCAUCAGAUAUAAAUGUGUCACAUUUUCAUGCAGCUCGUCGUGGACUCGGCCCUGUUGAUUUCUGUUGCUCUGCGGCUUGUGAAAUCAACCGUACGCCAGUCUUUUGUGCGCAAAGUGACAGUGAUGAAUGCAUUUAAGACGCAUUUCUCUUCUCAGGGUCUCAGGCAUUCGUCAGUUAAAUGCUAACAUUUGAUUGGUGAUAAUCAGUUAGUCAUUUUGUUAGACAGGUGAUCAAUCAAUAAAUGGUCUGUAACCCACCGGCUGGCCUGCAAGCCAGUAAGGAUUCAGAAAUCUAGGCAAAUCUGGGCUGGUAGUCUGAAUACCAUUGUAAUUAAAUGCAUUAAGUGUGUGUCUGUGAGAGAUGGAGAAAGUUAGCUCUUUAUUUAUUUAAUGCUUUAAUGCUCUCAGUGCCUCAUUGUUAAGUGUCACCAGUCAAAUUAUUUAUUUUAAGAGCAACAAUCUGAUUGGCUAUUUAUUGAAAUCUUACAUUGAAUUGUAUGAAUGUGAAUCUAAUGUAAAUGAAAAAGUGAAGUAAAAAAUAUUAUAAUGGUUUGUGAUUAGCAGCAA